AUGCUCGUUACAAAACACGCUGCUGAGCUUUGUGCUCUCCUAGUUAAUGAUCUUCACGGCGAACUUCCUUCGCGAAUCUUGAUUGCGCUACUGACAAAAGGGCGCUCGACGAUUGCACAACUGGUCCAAUAUACCUCUCUUACUCCUCGAUAUUUGCGAAAUGGCCUCGCUGUCUUGAUUCAACAAAACCUUAUUUACCACUACACAGCCCCCAAUACCGAUGUCACGACCUACCAGCCGAAUGCCGAUGCCUGCUACAACCUUGUACGAUCCGGGAAGAUUCUGGAUACUAUAGAGAAUCAAUAUGGCAUCGCAGAAAGAGAACUCACACAGACUCUGAUGCAGCUGGGUCAUGCUCGGGUCGCAGACCUUUCCCAGGCUUUCGGCUCGAGAGCGCCCAAAAUCAAUGGGCAUACUAAUGGGAAUCAUGACUCACACGAUGGGCUGAUCCAGUCAGAAAGCCACCUAAACUCUGUUCUAUUUCGCCUUAUCCGUGCCGAAAUCGUUGAGACUGUUCGACCCGAAAGUUUCCGCAACCCUAGAGAUGCGUAUCGCGAGAUCGAGGACGACGUUACGAAACCUCGGCCAGGCGAAAAGGUUACGAAGGGCAAGAUUGAAGCCCAGCGCGAGGUUAUUGAACGUACCAGAACCUAUAGGGAUCAACCCAAGACACUCAAGCGUCAACUUGAUAUGAGCGGAGGUCCUAAGCCAAAAAGAAGGAAGCUUGCUAAUGGCGCAUCACAAAAUGGGCAUGAAUACGAUGCUCCGAAGCUGAACCCCAACGUGGUAGUGAAAGUAAACUACGAAAAGUGCUUGGUCGAGCUGCGCAAUCAGCGACUUGCGGACUUUGCAACAGAAAUACUGGGAGAAGUGACCGGCGCAGUGUAUCGCACGGUAUUGGACCUUUUGACUUCAGAUCUUCCAAGGUGUCAGCCGGAUCCUCUCUUGGACGAAGCGGCACCUGGACAACAGCCUACCGUGACAACCAUCGACAUAUUCGAGCACCUGGACGAAGAUAUCAACGUACAAGCCGGGAUUGGCAAAACCCCGAGAGAUAAGCUUGACUCGCAAAGUGCUGAGAGAAUCAGAGAAACUGCGCCAGAGUCAGAUGACGACUCUGACGAUUCGGAUGCUGGUCCUCCUGGCCGAAGAAAGAAAUUCGACGUGGAUGAAGAAGAAGAAGAUGAGUGGGCCGAAGACGAUGAACAAGAUGGUGCAACAAAUGGGCAGCAAGAAAAAGGAGUGAGAUUUGAAGAUACUGCGAACGGUAGCGAUAGUCGUAUCUCACAGAUGCGCCGGCAUCUUCUGCUCCUCGCAGAAAGCAAGUACCCAUUCAUCCGCCAUUGUGGAAUGUACGGCCGUGGGCAGUGGACCGUGGACUUCAGUCGUAUGGUGAGCAAAUUGCGAGAAACGGAACUCGAUGGUAUCAUCGAGCAAUCUCACGGUCGUCAUGGCCUACGUCUAACCCGCAUCCUCCGGGAGAAGGGCAAGCUUGACGAGAAGAUGCUUCCAGCUGCUGCACUCAUGAAAAAGGGCGACGUGCAGGGCAAGAUGCUCGCGAUGCAGAUGGCAGGGAUAGUGGAUGUUCAGGAAGUGCCCAAGGACAGCAGCCGACUUGCUAACCGAACCCUGUUCUUCUGGUACUUUGACAAAGAGCGAGCUCAGUCCCAAGCGUUGGAUGAUAUCUACAAGACCAUGCUCCGAUGUCUGCAGACGUUAGAGGUGGAGCGCCACAAAGAACGAAACAUCCUCUCAUUCGUGGAAAGAAAGGAUGUGCAGGGCAAGGAAGAGGAGGUGAUGACGGCAGAGCAUUACAAUAAGUACAACACACAUCGAGAGGUGCAGAGCAAGCUCCUCGGACAGGUCAUGCGGUUAGAUGAGUUGGUAUCGGUGCUUCGAGACUACUGA